AUGACUUGGUUUUUUUCUAUAAAGAGAAUAAGUGCAGGAGUUUGUGAACAAAUCUGGUGUACAUGCCACGGAAAACAGAAAGGUAAUGCAGAGAACGGAUCUACAUAUUGUAAAAGACAUGUCGCAAGGUCUCUAACAAUCUGCGACAGUGGACGGCUUAUGUGUCAACAGUUACUCAAUUAUGCCACAAUAGAAGGUGAAAUCAGACCUGGGAAAGUACAUCCACAAAUAAAUGACGACGAAGGUUAUUUUCAUGAUCUGUUGGCAUGGGCUUUGUUCACAAACAGGGUAGAAAUAGCAGGAGUGUUUUGGUCAAAGUGCAAAAACCAAUUACUAACAGCGGUGAUGGCUAGUAGUAUACUGAAAAAUAUGGCGAACAAAGCAACAUCAGCAAAGGACAGGCAACUCUACAAAGAGCUCCUAGACCAUUCAAGAUUAUUUGAGGUUAGAGUAGUUCAUAUGCAGAGUUCAUUGUAUGACGAGAUUGAAUAUGAUGCUAUGUCGCUGAUGGAAAAGAAGGAUGAAGUAUGGGGAAUACAUGUUUCUCCAAUGACAUGUGCAUAUGAACACAAUAUGAUAGAAGUUAUUGGUCAUCCAUGCAUUCAACGACAUAUCAACAGAAUAUGGUACAAUGAACAGAUAUUUUCCUCUGUCGGUACUUCUGAGGCAGCAGCAAAGUUUCGGGACUGGUUUGGGAAUGUGUGUUUCUUAAAUGGGCGUAAGCGAUUUAUCCAGGCAUGGUUUUCUCCAUUGAUGAAGUUUGUAAUUCAUUAUAUUUUUCUGAUGGCAUUAAUUAUAGGGUUCAGUGCUUUUGUUCUUACUGACCUAAAAAUAAUAUCCGGUAUCAGUGAUAUUGGAAUUUAUGAAUGGCUACUUUAUUUGUGGCUAUUCGCAGAUCUUCAGGAGGAGUUUUGGUUUCCGAUUUUGAUAAGACCACGUAUGUUUAGACGUCGGAAGCAUACAUAUUGGUUUAAAAUGAAAAGAUUUCUUUUCAAUGUUUGGAAUAUUCUAACGUUUUUGUCACAUGUAGUUUUAAUUCAAGCAAUAUGGGUAAGAUUUUUCACCUCAUCCGUCUACCAUAGGGCAUCACUAAGACUUUACAGCCUUGGUUUGUUUUUGAUGUAUAUGAGAUUUCUACAGUGCAUGAUCGUACACAGUUACUUUGGACCUAAAAUCAUCAUGAUUGGUGAAAUGCUUCUGGAGUUGUUUAAAUUUGUCUGGAUUUUGAUAAUAUUCAUGAUGUGUACAGGUGUGUUGUAUCAUGCCAACAUGUAUCCCAGUCAUUAUGACAUGUGGUCACCAAAAAGUGUGCAGUACUGGCGAAUCUGGAAAAUAAUAGCAUUGCCUUACUGGCAAAUUUACGGAGAGCUUUUUUUGGAAGAUCUUCAAGGCGACAACAAUGGUGUCAAUGGAAACUGUACAUUUGAAACUUCUGUAUGGGAAGAUCAUCCGGGGACGUAUGAACGUUGUGUUGAUUACGAUUGGGCGGUAAUCGUCAUUGCUGCCUUUUACAUGCUGAUCACGAACUUACUGUUGGUUAACCUGAUUAUUGCCUUGUUCACUUCUCGUUUUGAAGAAGUGCAAAAGGACUCGGACAAACUGUCGAAAUUCUGGAGAUACUCAGUAAUUACGCAAUAUAGAAACAGACAUCCUGUACCAUUGAACCUGUUAUUUCUACCAUGGAGAAUAUGGAGAAACUGUUGCAAACAGCAGUGUGAUUGUAGGAAAGAAGAUGUUAAAACAGUGAGUCAAGAAACACAGAAUCUACAUGCUGUUAAAUGUCUGUAUAUUGAGUCAAUGAAGACAAAGUAGGAACUAAGGUUUUAUGAAAAACAAAUUAAGGUGUAAAGGGAAUAACAUUGAUAUGUAAACCGUUGUACAAAUGUUAGAACACGAAUUUAAAAACCUGAAUAGUUUUUCUUUAGAAGUUAAUCCCUGCAUUUAUAAAUAAGAGGGGUGUAUCGGAAUACCUUUUACAGCCGAUUGCAUUGAGAGUGUAGGUAAAGGUAAUAUGUUUGAUUAGCUUGCAUGCUAGCUGA